AUGACUUCCGCAUAUAGUCAAGAGCAACUUUCACGAUUCUUCGAUCACAUCAAUCUUCCUAAAGCGCUGCGAGAAGACCUUCGGCCUUCGUUGAUGCUGUUGAAAGCCUUGCACACGCACUCACUUGCCACGUUCCCGUAUGAAAACCUAUCUCUGCACUAUAAUGCGGCUCACAAAAUCGAUCUUGAUCCUCAACAUCUUUUUCGAAAGAUGGUGACGGAUAAUCGUGGCCGUGGUGGUUUCUGUAUGGAGAUCGCCAUCUUGUACAAUCAUGUUCUUCGAGCUAUAGGAUUCGAUGCAUAUACUGCCGGGGUACGAACUCGAGGGAGACUUGAGGGCGUUCCUACGGGGGACUAUCCAGGUUGCAAAUAUCAUUCCGACGUAGCAUUCGGAGGUGACGGCGCCACGAUGCCAAUGCCACUCAUCGACGGCUUAGUACACGAGAACCUUGGAACCCAGCAAAUCCGACUCAAGAGAGAUUGGAUACCUCAUCAAGUCCACAAAACGGAAGAGACCAAACUCUGGAUCUAUCAGUAUCGAAACAGCCAAGACAAAGAGUGGAUUUCUUUCUACUCGUUUCCAGGCAUCGAGUUCUUCGCUUUGGACUGGGAUGUCGUCAACUGGUGGAUCAACACUCACGCGGAUAGCCAUCAGUUACGCAAUAUGUUGACUAUCAAGUUUCUGCUUCGCCCUGUGGAGAAUGAGGCAAGCUUUGAAGGGGAGAUGGAGAUUUAUGGAAAGAGAAUGCUUGUGAAUGGGGUUGUUAAAGAGAAUCUGGGAGGAAGGACACAGAUUAUCACCACUUGUAACACGGAAGGGGAGCGCGUAGAAACUCUUGAGAGGUGUUUCCAGAUAUUCCUCACCGAUGAAGAAAAGGAGGGUAUUCGCGGCUACGUGUCAGAGCUAAACGGCUCUAAAGUCCCACAAAGCACCUUCACCUCUCACUUCCACCAACUCACUCCCAUCAUCUCCAACAGCCAUGCUCCACAACUCUUGCCCAUGCCUCAUCAAAAGCUCAUAACCACCCUGCGGACUCGGUCGAAGUGUAAAGUACUCAUGCGACUGAUGCUUAUCGACUCUGGCGAUGAACUUCUUCCUCUCGUUGUGGCCGAUGAUAGUCCCAGAUACACAGUUGCGAAAGCCCAGCCACCUAUCUCGUUCGAUACACUCCCAGUGAAAGCCUCCUCUCGGGUUGAAGCCCUCGCAGAGUCGGAGGUCACCGUUCACGAUGGUGAUGACUUUGCCUGA